UCCGAAGUCUACAACCCUCAUCUCAACGCCUAUGCCCCUGACAGUAGUAUAACCAUCACUAUCACUGUCGAUGAAGUCUUUGAUAACGACCACCGGGUUGUGUCUCAGAAGGGAGCUGAUAAGGGACGGUACACCUUUUCCACCGCUGAUGCGGGACAGCACAAGCUAUGCUUCACCGCAGACUCGCAUGCCAAUAGCGGAUGGCUUUCUGGAGCUUCUGGCCCGGUGAAGUUAACCCUUGACAUGGCUAUCGGCGAGUCCAACCACUUGGAGUCUGAAGACAAGAGCAAGCUUGACGAUUUGGUUGAGAGAGUCAGGAACUUGAACGGAAGACUCCAAGACAUACGUCGCGAACAGGUCUUCCAGCGUGAACGAGAAGCCCAGUUCAGAGACCAGUCUGAAGCUACCAACUCUCGCGUCGUUCGAUGGGCUCUGAUUCAAACCGCCGUCCUCGGUGUAACGUGUGUCUGGCAAUUCUCUCAUCUACGAAGCUUCUUCAUUAAGCAGAAGCUUACUUAA